AUGGAUAGAAAGAAAUUUUCAGGGGUUACCAAACAGUUGCACAGCCUGUACAAAUCAUCACAGCUGCUUGAAAAAUGGAAAGAAUGCUCGGAAGGGAAUGUGGAUAUCGGCAUUAAAGGAAAAGAUCGAAAGGCUGCAGUGGUAUAUGCUAGGGCUGUGUAUGCCGAGUUUAUACAUAGAAAAGCUGAUGAUCCGAGAAAGGCAUACUUUAACAAUCCCACUCAAUUUAAAGAAGGACCGGUUCACAGCACGACAAAGGAGGCACAAGGCAAAAUAAGGGAUAUUGGUGGAUGGGUGAUAAGUGAAGAAAUUAAGGCAUGCAUCUCUUAUGUCAACCGCCACAAAUGUUCAAGGUCAACAAAUGUUGUUAGAGAGAUUCAAAAAACCCGAAAUAUUAAGGUUAUUCUUGAUAAGCUGAAAAAUAGUAAACAACAAGUGUUAGAAACAUCAAAGUGUCCUGAAACCACUCGAACACAUUACUUUGUAUGACAAGGGAGGGAAAACCUAUAUCACAGAUGCAGUUUUUGAUUUCUUUAUCAAGGUUUUAGCGAUUGCAUCUGAACAGCUUUCGGAGAAAAACAUUCAUGCUUUUAAGCAGAAUACGUUGUCUGUUGCCUACGAUCAUAUCUUGAAGAGUGUCACCCUGAAAGAAAGCUUCUGUGACUUAGUAUAUAUUGCUGUCAGUGGCGAUAAUGCCACCAACAACAUGGUUGUAGAUACAGCUGUUGAUCAUUCCAGUUGCUUGUCAAAAUCUGGUGAACCCAGUAAUGAUGUUUUAGCAGAGGUCACUGCUAAUGAUGCUGAUGCUUCAACAAGUGAUGGAGUCACUGUCAGGAAUAACCAUCUCCUUCAGGACAACAUCUCGAUUAAUGGGACAGACAAUCGGUCCGUUACUAUGGAAGAUAAGUUCAUGGAAACAGAUGAGAUGUUUCUUCUAGAUGACAGUAGCCAGGGAAAUUUGCAAGAUAGCAACAUUGCACAACAUAACACAAUAAAUUCAGGUGUGUAAAAUAAAUUGGUGACUAACCUGUACCAUGUAUGUUGGUUUAAACAGUUCUAUUUUAGUGUGCCUGAUUAAUCACCAGGUUCAGUUUAUAAUUUUCUGUUCCUUUUAAAGGGACCUAGAGAAACCUGAGCUUGCAUGAAUUUCAUAUUUAAUAAUUAUUUGCCAAAGGCAAGGUGAUUAUUCACAAUAAUCACUGUGCCUGAGGAUUGUUUUGGGCAUAAUUUCAAUGAUUAUUUGAAAAAAAAAUUUUAAAAAUUUUUUCAUCAUAUUACAUCACAAAAAACUUCAACGACCACCAAAAAUUGAGCUUGAAUAAAAAAAAGGAGAGCUGCUUGCUUCACUCGACAGCAAUAAUCACCAAUAUAAUACUAAAUUUGUUCAUUAUUUUUUGCAUUUAAUAUAUAGAGACAAGCACAGUCGAUAAGAUUGUUACGGACACCUCAGAGCACAGUCAAUUCACAAAUUCAGGUUGGUAAAACAAUUACAUGAACAUGUUACUGAUGACUCUGGACAAUUGUUGACUCUGGACAGUUCAAAUAACAAUUAUGCAAUUAUUAAUCGUACUUUCCACCAGGGGCGUCGGAAAGUCGAUAAUUGGGGGCAGAUAUUCACAAAUUCAUGUUCUGCAUCAUUAAUUUCUUUUGAAAGCGAUUGCUUUUACAGUCUGUGAACAUGAAUAUAUGAAUACCUGCCCCCCCCCCCAAUUAUUGACUUUCUGGCACCUCUGCCAGGCCCCUCAGACAUUUCUCAUAUUUUAUACUUUUUGACAAUGUCUAUAUUACAAAACAAAUAUAAAACUUUUUCCUGUAUUGAUAUACAGUUAUAUAUAGGGAUGACCUGAUACCAGAAAGAAGCUGAUUCGUCGAUCCGAUAUAUCGGAGGCGAUAUAAAAAAAUAUUCGGCCGAUUAAUCUGCUAUGGCCGAUAUUUUCUGUGUAAAAGUUGAAUAAAAGUUUAAAACCCAGUACAAGCGCCGAAUAACGGUUUUUUGACAACUUUUAAUACUUGUGUAUACACCAUAAAUUGACUUACUAGUUUUAGUGUGUUCCAGAACAUAUUUACUCAUAUGGGACAGUUAUCCGUCGCUGUACGAGUCAAAUGAAUCAAACGUAAAAAUAUAAAUGUAUAAUUGGAAUUCACUCAACAUCUGUAGACUAGAUGUCUAUACUGUCUAGAUAACUCGACUUUUUCGAGCCUUUAAUUUCUUUAAAGGCUUUAAUGUUUAUUUAAACAGUAAAAUUGGCUAAAAUUUUUUCAGUGAUUUUGUGUUUAAUUAAGAUACAAUGAUAAGAUUUUAAUUAACUUACAAGUGAUCUUAUUCCCUCAAGUAACGCAAUAUGGGAUUAAACACGCGCAACAAAAGUGUCGAAAACAAGAUGGAGUGUAGAUUACUAGAUUAUAGUUAUUUUUCUUAAAAAAAAAACAUGAAAAUAUUGUGAAUAUCGGCAAAUUAGCCGAUUAUAAAAAAUAAUUGGCCGAUUACCGAUUAUUUUGAAAACACCAAAUAUCGGCCGAUUAAUCGGCUCAUCACUAGUUAUAUAAACAAUUGUUAUUACAAUUUUUUUAUUUAAAUUAAUUUAUAGAGACAAUAACAGAUUGCACGGUGGACAAUGUUAUUUUUGAAGAAGAAACUACAUCGGCAUUAUUCAAACGAAUCAUUCACCGAUUUUGCAACAUGAUGUCUGCAGAAACUGUGAGAAACUUUAAAAAGUUGAAUCAACUAAAGAAAAGCAGUGCUUUAUGA